CCUCAGGAUCUCCACCUGUCAUUCCAGAGCUAGGAACAGGAGUCCAGCCUGCUGCCCGAGCUCAGAGAGCAGAGACGCUUGGGGACCACCUCCGCCACGCCACCCACGCGGGCCUCACCCCCAGCAUGGCUGACCAGCUGACCGAGGAGCAGAUCGCCGAGUUCAAGGAGGCCUUCUCCUUGUUUGACAAGGACGGGGACGGCACCAUCACCACCCGGGAACUGGGCACUGUCAUGCGGUCCCUGGGCCAGAACCCCACCGAGGCCGAGCUCCAGGGCAUGGUGAGCGAGAUCGACCAGGACGGCAAUGGCACCGUGGACUUCCCUGAGUUCCUGGGCAUGAUGGCCCGGAAGAUGAAGGACACGGACAGCGAGGAGGAGAUCCGGGAGGCCUUCCGCGUGUUCGACAAGGAUGGCAAUGGCUACGUCAGCGCCGCCGAGCUGAGGCACGUGAUGACCAAACUGGGUGAGAAGCUGAGCGACGAGGAGGUGGACGAGAUGAUCCGGGCCGCAGACACGGACGGGGACGGGCAGGUGAACUACGAGGAGUUUGUCCGCAUGCUGGUGUCCAAGUGACCGGUGCUGCUGGGCUGCCCAGCCGGCCAGCAAGAGCCUCGGGCCCCACAGGUCCUCUUCCAACCCCGGCUUCCCCUGGGCGCUGCUGCUUCUUGGGCCUAGGCCACUCAACCCACCUUUCUGUACCUGCGCUUUUCUGCCAACCUUCCCACCUGCUCAUCCACAAUGACACAGAUCACCCCCAAGGCUGGCAAACCAGGCAAUUCUCUCGUCACGCAGGAGUAGAGGCAAAAGUGACCUCACUCUGCACAGUGAGCCAAAGGACCAGGAAAGUUCACUCUGACUCUGCCAUCUGCCAGCAUGGGCAUGGGGUGACAUUCUGAAGCCCCCCGGGCAGGCUCCUAAUGGGCACCCCACACCCAGACCAGGGGUGUUGGAGUCCUCAAUCCCCGCUAGAACUCCUGGAGCCUCUGGGACAGAAGAAUUGAUGGGCUGCCGGGUUCAGAAGUGGGGACACCUCUUGGCCUUGGAGCAGGGUGGUGAUGGGGACUUUGACGACGAGGUCAGCCUCCCAAGAGUCCUCACCUCCCACCCGCACACACUUGCUCUGCUCCCUUCUGUCUUUGCCAGACCACAGUGACUCAUCCUCUGAAGCUGGGUCAGUUGUAACAUGUUCGUCCUCAUCUGGGAGGAGGGAGGCUUGAAUGGAAGGGAAGCUGCAGGCAAAACUAAGGCGCCCGAGCUCCUGCUGUUUCCUUCCUUCUGGUUCCCACUGAAAUGGUCCUUAUUAAGUCCAGAGUUUAAACCAGUCAGGAAUCCCCAUUUUUGUGCUUUUUG